GGGCGCCUGCGCCUUACUGUCAGGGUUCGGCGCCUGCGCAGAACGGCUCCUGGCACUCUGAGGUAAAAAAAAAAGAGGGGAGUUAACGAGCGCCCCGGUUGUCGUCGUUUUGGCUCCGGAGCGCCUUCGCUGCCUCGGCCUCCCCUCUGCUCCCCUCAAGAGACCACGAAAGAAGGAGGAGGAGGAGGAGGAGGCGGCGCCGCCGUCCGAUUAGUUUGUAAAUGCAUAUCAAGCUGGUAGCCAAGAAUGAAGAAAGCAAGCCGGAGCGUUAGUUCAGCGCCCAAAGUGCCUGGAAUAAAUAAAAUACUACCGCUGGAAAAAGUCAAACCGGAAAACGGCUCCACAGUGUCUGCGGUGACGAAACUUUCAAAAACAGGGACAACACCAUCGUUAUUGAAGACAAAGAGCAAUGAUGAUCUUCUAGCUGGGAUGGCUGGUGGAGUUACUAUGAGCAACGGUGUCAAGGGGAAAAAAAGCACUUGUAGUUCCACGGCACCUUCUGCAACAGGGACCAUCAUGAACAACGCAGAGAACAAAGCCAAGCCUCUGACAGGUACAAAUUCUACAGCUAAACGUAGCACUUCCUCGGGAAAUAAGGAGUCCAGCUCUUCUCGGGAAAGGAUCCGUGAUCGUUCCCGACUGACGCAAAGCAAGAAGUUGCCCUUGACUGGGCAGACGAGCAAUGAUACAGUCCUUGCAAAACGCUUCCGUAGCCGUACAAAUCCAGAUCCUGACAUUCGCAUGAGUAAGUCAAAAUCCGACAAUCAGAUCAGUGACAAGGCUGUUUUGGAAGCAAAAGUGAAGGAUCUUUUGACUUUGGCCAAAGCAAAAGAUGUUGAGAUCUUACACCUGAGGAAUGAACUGAGAGAGAUGCGUGCCCAGCUAGGUCUCAACGAGGACCCAUUUGAGGGAGAUGAAAAGUCUGAGGAGAAAGAAGUCAUUGUUGCCCACCAACCAACAGAUGUGGAGUCCACAUUACUGCAGUUGCAAGAGCAGAACACUGCCAUCCGGGAGGAACUGAGCCAGCUGAAGAAUGAGAAUCGGAUGUUGAAGGACCGAUUGAAUGCCCUGGGGUUUUCUCUGGAGCAAAGGCUUGACAACUCUGAAAAGCUGUUUGGUUACCAGUCUUUGAGCCCAGAAAUGACCGCCGGAAGUCACAGUGAUGGUGGGGGCACCCUUACUUCCUCAGUAGAAGGUUCUGCCCCUGGUUCCAUGGAAGAUCUUCUGAGUCAAGAUGAGAACACCUUGAUGGACAAUCAACACAGUAAUUCCAUGGAUAACCUGGACAGUGAAUGCAGUGAAGUCUAUCAGCCACUCACAUCUAGCGAUGAUGCCUUAGAUGCACCGUCCUCUUCAGAGUCAGAGGGGGUGCCCAGCAUAGAGAGGUCAAGAAAGGGGAGCAGCGGCAACGCCAGCGAGGUCUCUGUGGCUUGUUUGACUGAACGUAUCCACCAGAUGGAAGAGAACCAGCACAGCACGGCUGAAGAGCUUCAGGCAACCCUUCAGGAACUUGCAGACCUGCAGCAAAUUACUCAAGAGCUGAAUAGUGAGAAUGAAAGGCUUGGAGAGGAAAAGCUUAUUCUGAUGGAGUCCUUGUGCCAACAGAGUGAUAAGUUGGAACACUUUAGCCGACAGAUUGAGUAUUUCCGCUCCCUCUUAGAGGAACAUCAUAUAUCCUGUGUUACCGACGAAGACAUGAAAAGUGGGCGCUACAUGGAGUUAGAGCAACGAUACAUGGACCUUGCAGAAAAUGCACGUUUUGAAAGAGAGCAGCUUCUGGGUGUGCAGCAGCAUCUGAGCAACACAUUGAAGAUGGCGGAACAAGAUAACAAGGAAGCCCAGGAGAUGAUUGGAGCCCUGAAGGAGCGGAAUCACCACAUGGAACGGAUAAUGGAGUCCGAACAGAAAAGCAAGGCUGCUCUUGCGGCCACGUUGGAGGAAUACAAAGCCACCGUUGCCAGUGACCAGAUUGAGAUGAACCGUCUGAAAGCGCAGCUGGAGCAUGAGAAGCAGAAAGUCACCGAGCUCUAUUCCAUACACAAUUCUGGUGACAAAUCUGACAUACAGGACUUGCUCGAGAAUGUCAGGCUGGACAAGGAAAAAGCAGAGACCUUAGCCAGUAGCCUGCAAGAGGAGUUAGCUCAUACGCGUAACGAUGCCAAUCGCCUGCAAGACACCAUUGCCAAGCUAGAAGAUGAAUACAGAGCUUUUCAAGACGAAGCAAAGAAACAAAUUGAGGACCUCAAUACAACCUUAGAAAAACUUCGGACAGAGCUGGAGGAAAAAGAAACAGAAAGGAGCGAUAUGAAGGAAACCAUCUUUGAAUUGGAAGAUGAAGUGGAGCAGCAUCGAGCUGUGAAGCUCCAUGACAACCUCAUCAUAUCUGACUUGGAGAAUACUGUCAAAAAACUUCAGGACCAGAAGCAUGACAUGGAAAGAGAGAUCAAGGCUCUGCACAGGCGGCUGAGGGAAGAAUCUGCAGAGUGGCGGCAGUUCCAAGCUGAUCUACAGACUGCAGUGGUCAUAGCAAAUGACAUAAAAUCUGAGGCCCAAGAAGAAAUUGGCGACUUAAAACGCAGGCUUCAUGAAGCUCAAGAGAAGAACGAGAAGCUCACAAAAGAGUUGGAAGAAACCAAAUCACGCAAGCAGGAAGAGGAGCGUGGCCGAGUUUACAACUACAUGAAUGCCGUAGAAAGAGACUUGGCAGCUCUAAGGCAAGGAAUGGGGCUCAGCCGCAGGUCAUCUACUUCCUCAGAGCCAACACCAACGGUGAAAACGCUCAUCAAAUCUUUUGACAGUGCCUCCCAAGUUCCUAGUCCUGCAGCAGCUACAAUUCCUCGUACCCCCUUGAGCCCGAGCCCUUUGAAAACCCCUCCAGCAGCUGCAGUGUCCCCAAUGCAGAGACAUUCCAUCAGUGGGUCAAUUUCUGCUUCGAAGCCCCUCACCACUUUGUCAGACAAACGACAGAGCUAUACAGAAAUUCCUGUUCAAGACCACUUGCUGCGAACUUCCUCUACCAGCAGACCCGCUUCUCUGCCAAGAGUUCCUGCCAUGGAAAGUGCCAAGUCCAUCUCUGUGUCUCGGCGAAGCAGUGAAGAAAUCAAGCGGGACAUUUCGGCUCCUGAUGGAGCCUCCCCAGCUUCUCUCAUUGCAAUGGGAACCACUUCACCCCAGUUGUCUCUCUCUUCUUCACCCACAGCAUCUGUCACCCCUACGACGCGUAAUCGCAUAAGAGAGGAAAGGAAAGACCCUUUGUCUGCUCUGGCCAGGGAGUACGGCGGCUCCAAGAGGAACGCUUUGCUGAAGUGGUGUCAGAAGAAAACCGAAGGCUAUCAGAAUAUUGAUAUCACCAACUUCAGCAGCAGUUGGAAUGACGGCUUGGCUUUCUGCGCCAUCCUCCAUACUUACCUCCCAGCCCAUAUUCCCUACCAAGAGCUGAACAGCCAGGACAAGAGGAGAAAUUUCACUUUGGCUUUCCAGGCGGCAGAAAGUGUUGGCAUCAAAUCCACUUUGGAUAUUAAUGAGAUGGUACGAACUGAGCGCCCGGAUUGGCAGAAUGUCAUGCUGUAUGUUACAGCAAUUUACAAAUACUUCGAAACCUGAGAGCCUGAAUCAGAAAAGAGAACUUUAGGGGAAGCAAGAACCCGACAUGACACAACUCAGCUCCACUGGUAUCUUCCACAUUUCUUGAUCUCUGGUGAAACUCCGAUGGGCCAAUUCUGAGUGGCUUUGGUGGACAAGGUUUUGUUACCGCAAGUGUUUGGCUGACUCCAAAUGGUUUAAGAACUAGAUGGUUUAAGAUGUUAAUCUGAGAAGCCUGAACUUUAAAAAUAUUUAUACGAAGAUAGUUGUCACAACAUUCAUACUUCUGUUGGAAGAGAAUGAAGUGAACAGAUGCUAUAGAAAGUGCAAGCUGGAAUGAAUUCAGGAGAAGGAACUCUGUGUGACUGUUAUCACAGAGACUUUUAUUCAUACAAAAUACUCAUGAAAGUUGAGUGGCUCCUCAACAGAGAACCCCAGAGGACAAAAGAAACUCUUAACCCUGGUCUUGUGACUGCCUUAGACUCUCUCCACUUCCUCAGUAUGCACAAUUAUUACAGGAAGUCUGAGGUUGUUUUUUCCUGUAUCAACUUCACUUGCCUGACGGUGAUGUCAGAUAUGGGCCUGCGUUCACAAAACCCAAUUUGGUCACCCUGUUCCACUGAAGAGCUUCUGCUUAUGCCUACCUCUGCCCAUGGUUCACACAGCUUCCAACUCUGGUCUUGAAGGACUCCAGCACAGCCCAUGUGAUUUAACUGCAUGCAGAUGAGUUGAGAUGCUGUAAAAUAUUCCAGGCCAUUCUGCUUUCUAUGAGGUUUCCUUUCCUCUUGCUUCCUCCGCCUUUUUGGUAAAUGGCUAUCUUUCCUUAAGAGACCUUCAGAUGAGAUGGUUUUGGUCACUGAGUAGGUUAAGCUCCUAUUCACAAGAACUGAAAGCAAUUCACCUGUUGUGUGUCUUGCCCCUGUGGAGCCUGCUGCAGGUAGUUUUGUGGUGUGCUCUUUGCUGUUUUUAAUCUGCCACAAGUUGCAGCAGAAGAGGCUGGAUUUAACUGAAGUGGGCUUCUGUGGAUUCCCUUUGUAGGUGUGGAGCAAGAGUGGCUUGCAGGUGGACUGCUUAACCUGAAUGGUGGGAUUCCCACAGGAAAGAGCAAAGAAUACAAAGCUUGGGUUUAUACACUGGUUGUGAACCCACCUAGCACAACACAACUUUUGCCUUCUUGGUGAAAAGCAUGCAAGCAAGUGCCUUACUUGGUCCUUAGUUGAGGGACAUCCCGCCUCCUCCAGGGCCUUGUGCAGGAGGCUCAGAGAAUCCUUAGGGCAGCCGCAAGGAUUCUCUCCUUUCCAGUUAGGAGAACCUCCAUCCUGCCAUCACUCUUCUGCAAGCUUCCAUGGGGUGCUGGUCACUAACUGGAAGAGGUUCUGACUCUUCCUUGAUUCCCCCCCCCAAUAAUGAAUGAUUAACUUUCCUUUAUUUUCUUUUUUGCCUAACAGCUUAUCUAGACAUUAUAACCCUGCAGUCUUUUUUUUUUAAGUGUACGUAUGUCUGGAACUUUUAACAGACACCAUUGAAUGCCAUAGAUGUGUCAGGUGGAAAAAAAAAUCACCCAGCUCUUAAUGGUUGUGGAGGGAAGACCCCCAGGCCAGACAUAAGAUUGUGUCUGGAGGCCAGAUGGAAUAAGCCUUGAAGGAUGUAGCCAGAAUGUGUUUCCUUGUGCCUCCGGUAGCUCCUGGACAUGAUUUGUAGUAAGAGGAAGACAACAGAGUUUAAGAGCGGCUGGAACAAGCCUUGAAAUGGAAAGAUUUCAGUUCCUCCUUUCUUGUGAUUUUCCUCUUCCUGGAACACUAACAUUAAGGAUUCCUGAAAAUAUAUUUAAAAGACUUUGGCCUGAGCGCAAAUAUUUCCCAGUGCGGGAGGCAGUAUUGCAAAUGAUGUGGGAACCCAGUCUCCCUAAAACCCAGAAUGUUUACCCCUUUUCACUCAUAGGGAAGGGAGAUGAUGAAAUGGGCCCACCCAUGUCACCUCUUCACAUCUUUGGACUUUUGUGGUACAAAGGAGGUUGCUUCUGGUGCAUUGCUUAGGAACCCAAGAAGCCUUGCUCAUCAGUGGCACCUCUCUAUUUAUUGCAUUAUUAUGGAGCUCUCUUCCUUCUGAACCCAGUAGCCUUGUAUUUAAUGGACUUUGCUUGAGCCCAGUGCCAGUGAAGGUGGAUCUCUGAUCAAGACACUGGUGUCAAAAGGAGGAUUUGGUUGCAGAAGGAAACGUAAAGCAGAUGUGCAAGAACCCCUGUGUGGGACUCUGCCUACAGGAAAGAGAAAAGGAGAUCUACUUUAUGCUGUUUCUAUGAAUGGAUUAACUAUUUUUGAUAAAACUGAAUCCUAGAGAGAAACCCAGCUGCUCAAAUACAAAUUCCGUAAGCCAAAAAAAAAAAAAAAAGCACAGAGGAGGACAGACAAGAACUUGAAAUCACCAUGUUGUUCUGUGGUGGAAGAGAAGACUUUUUCCAAGAAACUUUUGUUCUUCUUUAGAAAAUUAUCAACAUAAGCCUUCUUGAAAAGAUAGUCUUUAAUUUCCGAUUCACCUUUUUAAAAAGCCUACAUUACUGUAAAGUACAUUAUUGGUGUUUUUGUCUUCCUCUUCCUCCUCUUUUAAGUAUAUCAUGUAAAGGCCAAACCAUGUGCUUGAUUUCUUUUGGUUGCAUCUCAGUAGAUGUCCUGCAUAGUGGUCUUUAGUUUUUAUGUAUUUUACUCAUUGCCUUAAUUUGAUGGAGAGGUUUGCAGUGGCCAUGUAUCAGAUGUUGUAUACACAUCCCUGAAACCUCAGAGCCUGUGAUGAGAAGAUGAAGAGGAGCGUGGAACUGUUGAUGCCCCGCUUAGCUAAGCAAGAUGACCAUCCCCGGGUGCUCCUGUCAUAGAGGAGCUAGGCAGAUUCCUCUUCUCCAGUUGUAGCCCUCAUGAGGCUGUUGCAUUGCAGCUAGCUUCCUUCAGACCGUGCCCAGGGAAGUGGGGAAGCUUCUACAAUAUUAGCUCCCAGGAUUGCAAGGGGGAUGUGUGGACGUGAAGAAACUCCAAGGCAGGCAAAAGAGUAUGAGAUUUUCAUCAUUUUUCACUUUAAUGUCAUGUUUCUGCAAUUUGCUUUUUGUGACAAGAAAAAAAAACUUCCAGCAGGCAGCCACCCUAGUUGGGGGAGAGGGGAACAGUUCCUCUGUUUAUAGUUGCCCCUCUACACAUACAUAAACCAAGUCUUUGCAGUGAUGCAGGGCUUCAGAGAACUCGGAUUUGGCUGCACCAGAUCUCCCCCCCACCCUUUUCAGUUUGGUCUUUUUUUCCCUGGAAGUUUGCAUAGCAAUGGCCAGUCACGUAUUGUUUAAAGCCUUUUGUAAGAGGUUUCCCAUGAGACCUCCAAUAUCUUACACAGGGGGCAGGAACGGGUCUCCCAAUUCACAAACAGGCCCUUGGAAAUCAGCUAGAUUCUAGUCACAACCCAAAAAGCAAGAUUUUGCAAAUAAAACUUUUAAAAGUGCCACAAACCUCUAAGCAGUCCCUUCACCCUUGAAGCUCCUGGGCUUGGUUUAUUGUGCAUUGAAACCAUGAUCCAUAAAUGCUUCAAAAUAGAGUACUCAGCACACACUGCCCAUCCAAUGAGAGGGACAUGUUGCUGGAGUUGGAACGCCUCUCAUUUUAAUGACUUUGGCUCCUUAUUCUAGACGUGUUUUAAGGCUCAUUCUGAAAUGCUACCCAAAGGAAACCUUGUAGGCAGAAAAGGUCUAGUUUCCACCCAGGCUUCAAAACAGCCACUACAAACACCCUUUAAACUGUGUAAUAAACAUGUUAAUAGCUCCCUGA